AUGACAAUAAAUCCGGCGAGAGCAGAUACUCUAGCGAUGUUAAAAAUGGAACCUUUCAAAUACUUCUCAUCUGUAGUUUUUGUACUGAACUCAUUUUUGCAGCUCGAGAACGGAAGCGCGGAUAUCACGCUUAGAACCAUCAAUCAGGAACACCCACGGCAAGAGCAGGUGGAUUUCACAGUGCCCAUUGGUAUUCUUUAUCAUGGCUACUUUGUCAAAGAAAGCACUCAUGUUGAAGUCGGAGACUACCUUGGUGACGCUUUUUUUGGAACCGUAAGCAGACACAUCCAUUAAUC